AUGAGCCUCUCCUCUAUGGCCCGGACAAGUCUGCGAUCCCUACACCCUCAACGAGCCGCAAUCGUCUCGCACUCGCCCUUCGCAGUCCACCCAAUAUCGUCAUGCUCGCCACGAUGCUGCAUCUCCAACACCGCCGUGCGCUCGAUUGCCUCCACCUCGACCGCACGCCAACAACUCCCCUGGUUCGUACAAGACGAGCCUGAACCCUCCCCCUCCUCCUCCCCCUCCUCCUCCCCCUCCUCCUCCACCUCUUCCUCUUCUGCCUCCCCCUCACCUCCCACGAUCGCCCCCCCUCGACCACCCCCGGACGACCUCCCCAGCUCCCUCCAUCCACUACACGACCACCUCGUCAAAUCACCCUUCUUGGAUCCUAAAUCCAUCGCUUACAUCGAUGCCCAGUCCGCCGAUCCGGGAGCAAGUUGGACCGAUUGGAUCGUCGUUGCUACUCUGAGGCACGGCAGGGAGAGAGGGUUGAGAGGCGCGAUCGAAGGCGUUCGAGCAUAUGCAAGUAGACGACGAUUGUCGGAUACAGUGGUCUCAUCUUUAGCGAAGCACUGAAGAAGACGCCUCCCUAUCUAACAGCUCGCAUCUAAUCCGAUAGCACUUUCCACCAACUCGUCGGAUCGCGCUUUCGCACCUUCCCAUCCGACCGUCACUGGACUCCCAAACGCUCCAUCAAGGCAUGCCCGAUCACGCAACGCAGGCAAAGGAGGUGGAUCGACGUCGACGACGGCGGAUUGGGCCAUGGUCGAUGCGGGAGACCUGGUCGUGCAUGUCAUGACCGCCGACGCGAGGGAGGUGUGGGCGAUUGAGGGCUUGUGGGAAGCUGUGGGGAGGGAUAAUCAGAGACAGCAGGAAAAGUACGAGGCUGAGCACGGUGGUGGGCAAAAGGUCUGA